AUGGAGACCCAGCAGCGAGGUUUGCAGGUGCCAGUCUCUGUGUGUAGUCCGAGCUGUCCCCCGGGCACCAGGAAGGCUGUGCAGAAAGGAAGGGCAAUCUGCUGCUUUGACUGUAUACCAUGCGCAGAGGGGGAAAUAAGUAACAUAACAGAUUCUAUAACUUGUAUCAAGUGCCCUCCUGAACUGUGGUCUAAUGACAAGAAGGAUACGUGUGUCUUAAAGCUGGUGGAAUUCCUGUCAUUUGAGGAAAGAAUGGGAAUCAUUCUUGUAUCAUUUUCUUUGUUAGGAGUAUCUUUCACCAUCAUCAUUAGUGUAAUUUUCUUUAAACACAAGGACACACCAAUUGUUAGAGCAAAUAAUUCUGAACUGAGCUUUCUGUUACUCUUCUCUCUUACUCUGUGUUUUCUCUGUUCACUUACUUUUAUUGGAUGGCCAUCUGAUUGGUCCUGUAUGCUUCGCCAUACAGCCUUUGGGAUCAUCUUCGUCCUCUGCAUCUCCUGUGUUCUUGGGAAAACAGUAGUGGUGUUAAUGGCCUUCAGGGCUACACUUCCUGGCACUAAUGUCAUGAAAUGGUUUGGACCUCUACAGCAGAGACUCAGUGUACUUGCCUUCACUCUUGUACAGGUCAUUAUUUGUGUGAUUUGGCUAAACGUUUCUCCUCCUUUUCCUUACAAAAAUAUGAAUUACUACAAGGAAAAGAUUAUAUUAGAAUGUAGUUUAGGUUCAGCUAUAGGUUUCUGGGCUGUGCUGGGUUAUAUAGGAUUUUUGGCCUUUUUAUGUUUUAUUUUGGCUUUUCUGGCUCGAAAGCUACCUGACAAUUUCAAUGAAGCAAAAUUCAUCACAUUUAGUAUGCUCAUAUUCUGUGCAGUUUGGAUCACUUUUAUUCCAGCUUAUGUUAGCUCUCCUGGAAAAUUUACUGUAGCUGUGGAGAUAUUUGCCAUUUUAGCAUCAAGCUUUGGUUUACUAUUCUGCAUAUUUCUCCCAAAGUGUUACAUAAUCAUCCUGAAACCAGAGAAGAAUACUAAAAAGCAAAUGAUGGGUAAAUGAUUUAGCCAGCUAAAUAGUCAGUAGUUUUGCACUGUUUAAUAUAUGUUUUAGUUUAGCUAAAAGACUUUUAAACAAAUCGUCAUAGAGACCUAUUAUUCAGUUAAUACAACAAAUAAAGUUAAAAUAAUGCUUUAUCUU